ACGGGCAACCCUUUAAAUGUCAUCAUAAUUAUGUCUCCAAUUAUUUUUAUAUAUUAUUUCGGUUAAUAUGGGAGAACGAGAAGAAAUAGAAGCCAGCGAUGCGAUUUCAGUUGAAGGUUCAGAUCUCACCAAAGGCAAUGACAAUGAAGAAGUUGAAAUAUUUAAAGAACAAAGCUAUGAAUCAAUUCCUGCACUCCAUUCCUAUCAAAUAAAGCCUAGUCUUCUCGAAAGAUUCAAAGCAGCGCCUGUUAAAGAAAUAAUAAGGACAGUACAAGCUGAAGUACUAACAGGAAAGGUAUAUUCUGCUGAUAAUGCCAAGAAGUGGAGUAUUAAAAUAGCGAAUGAAGUGAAUAAAAGAUGUAAGGAUUUAAAAAUGCGACGCUACAAACAUAUUGCUCAGGUUAUUCUGGGGGAACUGAAAGGAGCUGGAGUGAAAUCAGUUGUCAGAUGCGUAUGGGACUCGGAAACUGAUGGAUAUACUAGUGAUAUUUUUAUGAAUGAUUCGAUAGUUUGUGUUACAGUUGUUUUUGCACUUUUCUUGUAUUAAUGAGCCGCAUCUCCACAAUAAAUAAUAAAGUAUCGAAGAAUUAAAUGUUUAAGAUUAUUA